AUGGAAAAGAAGGAGAACAAGGCAAAAGAGCACGGACAAGUCGGCAAAAUCAGCGACAAUCUCGACGGCGCCUCCACGCCAUCACUCGUGUUCAGCAGCGAUGAUGAUGAUGAAGAAGCCAAUCAAGAUCUGAGUCUCAGAAUUGUGGAAAAGGCACUACGAGCGCGAGAGGCAAAGCUUGCACCAAAUGACGCCGUUUUGAACGGUAUAAGUUCUUCGCUGGUUUCGCCUUCGCAGCAAUCUGAAUUUAAGGUAAUGCAAAGCGACGCCGUUUUGGAUGGGUCGAGUGGGAUCACUGCUUGGGAAGUGAUGGAGGAGAAGAAAACGACGAAGUUGAUGGUGGACUCUGGAGAUUCAAGUGUUAUUAUAGCUGCAGAUCAAGAGGUGGAACAGAUAAACAAAUCUACAGAGAACCAUGAGUCUGUGGAUCUGGAAGCAAGUCCGGUUCAGAUAGGUGACAAUGUGGUUCUGCGAAAGCUGCUUCGGGGUCCAAGAUAUUUUGACCCUCCAGAUAGUAGUUGGGGAGCAUGCUAUAAUUGCGGGGAGGAAGGUCAUGCUGCUGUAAACUGUACAGCAGCGAAGCGGAUGAAACCUUGCUAUGUAUGUGGUGGUUUGGGACAUGCUGCAAAGCAAUGUACUAAGACGAAUUGCUAUAUCUGUAAGAAAGGUGGUCACCGUGCCAAAGAUUGUCCAGAGAAGUUCACGACGGCACGUGUUCCGAAAAGCUUAACGGUGUGCUUGAAGUGUGGGAAUUCUGGGCAUGAUAUGUUUUCAUGCAGGAAUGAUUAUUCACCGGAUGAUCUCAAGGAGAUUCAAUGUUAUCUCUGCAAGACAUUUGGCCAUUUGUGCUGUGUCAAUACUGCUGAUGCAACACCGGGAGAAAUUUCUUGUUACAAAUGUGGACAGAUGGGUCAUACUGGUUUGGCAUGUUCAAGGUCGCACGGGGAAACUACUGGUGCUGCCACACGUACUUUGUGCUAUAGGUGUGGAGAAGAAGGGCAUUUUGCCCGAGAAUGCACAAGUUCUAUCAAGGCUGGGAAGAAGAAUAGUGAAUCAUGGAACACCAAAAGUAGAAGAUCGUGUAAAGAAAAUGAUUACAUGGGGCAUUGGUCUGCACCUCAUGAUAUGGGUAAGAUGCACAAAACGAAACGUCCUCUUACAGAUGAAAGAGGCCUUAGACAAACUAAGAAAUCAAAGAGUAGAGGUGGCUGGACAAGGGAGCUUCCUUCAGAAGAAAGAGGUUUUACAACCCCCAAGAAAUCAAAGAGUAGAGGCGGCUGGAUGAGGGAGCGUCCUUCAGAAGAAAGAGUCUUUACAACCCCCAAGAAAUCAAAGAGUAGAGGUGGCUGGACAAUGGAGCAUCCUGCAGAAGAACGGGACUUCAACACUCCCAUGAAAUUCAAAAGCAGAGGUGGCUGGAUGACUGAGCACCCGGGAGACUUCUCUUCUUCAAAGUCCAAUAGGAACAGUUGGAUGUCUGCGGGGACACCAUAUGCUAGAAGCACUAACAUGCAUGCGAGUGGUAGUGGAAGUCGAACUCCAGGUUGGAGUUCUCAAUCUUCUAAGGCGUGGAAAGGUCAACAUUCCGAAGCCUCAAAUUCCGCUUUCCAACAUAGAUACUCGUCAUCAAGGUUUGGCAACUCUAGUGAUGAUGGAUACAGGAGGAAUAAUUUGGCAUCAAGGUUUGGCAAUUCUAAUGAUGAUAGGAGAAGUCAUUGGUGGUAG